AUGGUUAACAGAUUUGUAUCGUCUGUGGUGAUAUCCGUCUUGUCUCUGCUUGUAGCUAUUGAUGCACAAAUUCCUAUUGGUGGGUUAGAAGAAAUAACACCUUUCGAAUUCGGUCGAAUGACAGCGGGAGUAAAUCCGUCUCAGCAAGCACGUGGUGUUGGUAUGACAGCAGGCAUCCGGCCAUUCAACGCAGUGCCGAACCAAUUUGUACAACGGGGUUUAAUACGUAGGCCAGGUCAGAUGCAAAUUCGUUUUAACUCAGGAAUUCCACCUGUAUUUCCAUUCAACAGGAAUGUCUUAGGUAGACGUGGUCUUCCCGGGAACCCGGGUAGUGUAAUUGCCCCUUCAUUUAAUAGAAAUGGAAUGCGGAUAGUUCCAAUGGGAAAUAACAUCAGAACUCUUAGACAACGACAGUUACAACAGGAGGCACUGAGGCGCGCACAAAUUGCACAGCGCUUCCGACCAUUCUUUAACGCAACUCCUCCUAGAGUUGGGGUUGCAACAAUUCAACAAGCGGCUGCAAUACAGCAAAUCAGGGCUCAACCAAAUUUUCAGCGAGCUUUGCCAGUUGAUUUGAGUAGCUUCCCUAAUUUUGGAACUCUCCGUGGCAAUGAAGUUGGCAAUCAACUCAUCAAUCAACUGAUUUCUUUUCAACAAGUUUUCCCUGACGGUUUGGGACAACGUCCCGUUGCUGCCCAACAACAAGCUGUACCGAGAGUAAUGCCAGCACUAAUGCCUGCAGAUCAGCAAAUUCUAAACAAUAUGCUAAACCAGCCCCAAACACAGAUUUCGGAACCUCGUGGGCAGUUCCUUCCUGGCCAAGCUAUGGGUUCUGUACCUAAUCUUCAACGAGUUACUGGAAACAAUGCUGUACUGCCACAACUUGCUAAUAAUUUACCUACUCCACAACUACCGUUGGCACCAACACAAGGUUCGCCAGCAGAGAAUGUUGUUCCCGGAAGCAACCAACCGCAAUGGUCAUUUCAAACAGAUAAUACUCAAUCAUUAAUGGGUGGACAGGAUUCACAGACAUCAACGCAAACAGGAUCAGUAGAAAAUAAUCCGGUGUUCACAGACCAGUCUGGUCAGGGAUUUACUGAACAAGGUUUCGUAGACCAAACAGCUGCUCCACAAUCUACACAAACCACAAAUGAUAAUUCACCUGUUGAAUUUGAUGAACAAAUAACGAUAUUCCAUCCAGGAAAUCAGGAACUGUGCUACCGAGGACGAAAUUUAUCUCCAGAUUUAUUGAAGUGGAUUGUAAACAUUUUAACAUUAAGGAUCCAAAGACCUGACGGCGACACUCUUUGCAGGAAUCGUGAUAGCUAUACAAUAUCUGAAUUAGUAGAAAUGGAAAAAGAAUUUCUUUCCUCAGGGAUCAAUCCACAUAAUCCCAAUGCAUUCCAAGUACAACCGGAUAUAGUAGACCUCGACAAUACCGGAAUGGCUACUGGGACCGCUGCGGCUUCCAACCAGGGAUCUAACCCAGGGUUACCUGUUCCUCCCGCUGACGCUUUAGUUGCCAUGGGAGCGUCAUCUCGGGCUCAACCGCCUCAAACAAACUUCAUACCACAAGGGAAUCCAUUUGGUAACGGACCAAAUGCCUGGGAUCCAAGAGUGCUUCGGUUUCAAAAUCAAUUUCCUGUGAUGCCAUUUAGCCAGUCACCGGGUCCUGUGUCAAAUUUUCAAAUGGGUGGUGGCGGGAAUGGUAUGCCAGGUCCUCCAAAUGGCGGCGGAGGGAGACCAUGGAAUCCACAAAUGGGAUCCAAUCAAAUGGGAACUUUCAGAGUCCUUCCUGCCAAUAUGGCCGAUAAUUUACGAAGCAGGGCAAGAAUGUUUAGUAACCAGCCAUUUUCACCAGAGAACCAGGGUAAUAUGUUGCCAUUCGGAGGCGGACCUCCACCUGGCGGGAACAUGCAAUCUGGUCAAGCAUCAUUCGGUGGAGCACUUGAUCUAAGCACUAUGCCCAACUUCUCGGAUCGAUUCGGACUCGCGUGGGGAAAUGAAUUGUUAAGACAGCUGUCUCCACAACCAGAUACUGAAGCUCCGUCGUCCUUUGGGGGGUCCGGCUCGGCACCUAAUACUAAUAACAAUAAUCCCCAACAGGGUGGACAGACAAAUAAUCAACCUGGUGGAUUCGGAAACAUGAUGCCUCCAAAUGGUAUGAUGCCACCAAAUGGUAUGAUGCCACCAAAUGGGAUGAUGCCACCGAAUCGUAUGAACUCUCAAAAUGGAAUGAUGGCCCCGAAUGGCAUGCCAUUUGGACCGCAAAUGCCAUUCCCAGGAAUACCUGACAUCACUCAAAUGAAUCAACAAGGCAAUCAAAUGACGCCAGCACAAAAUCAAGGUGGAAAUAUGCCUGGAAUGCAACCUGGACAGAUGCCACCAGGUAUCAUGCCUGGAAACUCAAAUAAUGGAUUUCCACAGUUUGGAGGUGGAAAUACUAAUACUGGAUCACAAAAUCCGAACUCCCAAGGUCAAUUUCCUCCACCCUGGAUGGGAUCACAACCCAAUUCAUUUGGAAACCCGUUCAAUCAACAGGGAAACGGAAUGUCUGGAACUGUAGGACCAAAUAACAUGCCCGGUGGAAAUGGAAUGUCAGGAAUGCCGCAAAUGAAUGCAAAUGCAGGACCAAAUAGCAUGCCUGGUAUGUCGAGAAUGCCAGGAAUGUCCGGAAUGCCUGGAGGAAUGCCUGGAAUGAAUGGGAUGCCGGGUAUGAAUGGAAGGCCAGGUUUUCAGGGAAUGAAUGGCGGUCAAGGAAAUAAUAUCAUGCCAGGUGGUGGAAUGAAUGGCAUGCCAACGAACAAUUUGCAAGGUGGAAAUAAUGGAAAUAAUGGUAUUUUUAGAGGAAUGAAUGGUAUGCCACCUGGAAUGAAUAGUAUGCAAGGAGGUCCCAAUGGUAUGCCAGGUGGAAUGAACAAUAUGCCCGGUGGGAUGAACAAUAUGCCAGUUGGGAUGAACAAUAUGCCGCCGGGUGGUAUGAACAAUAUGCCGCCGGGUGGGAUGAACAACAUGCCGGGAAACAAUGGCAUGCAAGGAGCAAUGAAUAACGGUAUGCAAGGAGGAGCUAUGAAUGGAAUGCCAGGAAUGAAUGGUAUGCCAGGGAUGAAUGGUAUGCCAGGGAUGAAUGGUAUGACUGGAAUGCCAGGAGCUAAUAAUCAAGGCAAUAAUAUAAUGCCUGGAUUUCCAAAUUUUAUGGGCAACCCACAAGGAAACAAUCCUAUGCAAGGAAUGUCUCCUGGUGGUUCCAUGCAACCAGGAAACAAUCCACAAUUAGGUUUCCAGCAGCCACAAGGAGGGCAAAAUCAAGCAGCAUUCAACCCGAAUCAGUUUCAACCACCAUUUCCGGGGAUGCAACCACAAAGUGGUCCUGGUAUCCAGAAUAAUGCUAAUAAUCAAGGAGGUCCAAAUGUUCCUCCUGGUCCAUUUCCUCAGAAUCCGUCGUUUCCCCAAAACCCGUCAUUUCCGGUAAAUAGCGGUUUAAACCCUCAACAAACAGUUGGGAGUUCUAGUCAACCUAGCGGCAACUUACAGUUUCCAUUAGGAGGGACACCUGGCCAGAACCAGUUUGGCACGGGUUUAAAUGGAUUGGCUGGGACAAACACAGGGACCUCUUCUACGGCAGGCUCAGGUAAUAAUCCACAAGGAGAGAGUGACAUGGUCACUACGAUAACUGAUCAUAACGGACGAGAAUUAUGGCGAAGUGAUCGUCAGGUAUCAAGAGCAGAAAUAAUGCAAGCAAUCCGAAGGCUCGCCAAUAGUGACAAUAGCUCCCCAGCUGCUGCUUCUGCACUACCGUCUGGUGCUCAAUUUCUUGGUGGCAGCGGUGGGACGAGUGCUGCUUCUAACCCAGGUCUAGAAUCAGGGGCCGCUAGUCAGAAUGGUAUCUCCUUUGGAACAGUAGGUUCUAAUGCUAAUACAAUCCAAAAUUUCCCAUUUCAAUCUACACCCAAUCAGGUUGAUCCGAUGAGUACAACAGUUCAUAACUUCAUGGAAAACCCGAAUCGACCGAAUCAACCAGCAGAUCAUCCCAUCCCAUCUUCCAUGCAACGUUUAAACGUCAUUGUAGUCAGUUUGCUAUUGCACUGCUAG